UGUAACUGCUAGACGGACAAGGCUAUAUCAACUCCUGUAUAUUUAUAAAAUUAUUUUAAUUGUCUAAAAGCCCUUAUCAAAGUAAAACAUCCAAAUUGAAGGAAAAUUCGGAAAAUAAUUAUUGUUGAGGAAAUGAAUCAGCUGAUUCGAUCAAUAACGAGGCCAGUAAGGUCAUCGAACAAAGAGCAGCUCGUAGUCAGUGUCGCCAAUAUGCUAACCUUAGAUACAGAAAUUCCCUAGAUGCUUUCUGCCCAAUAUGUGCUUUAUUUUACGUUGGGUAGAGCCUUGUCCGCAUCCAGAUUCUACAAAAUCUCUUUUUUAAUCCGUAUACUACAAAAAUUUGAUACUUUCAUGUAGAAUAACGGUUGUUAUACACAAUUUUAAAACUGAGUAUUUUGGGUUCGAGAUUACGAAGGAGUGGGGGAUGUCAAAGGUAUAAAAGUCACAGCUGGUCGACCGCCAUUUUAAUAUUUGUCGUGCAGCGUUACAAAAAGAUAUCAGUGUUCCAACAAAUAAACUUUGUGAUUAUUUGUGAAUAUUGUGAUAAGACCAGAGACUAUAAAGUGAGAUAAUGCAGAUCUUCGUGAAAACCCUGACUGGGAAAACCAUCACCCUUGAAGUCGAGCCCUCCGAUACCAUUGAGAACGUCAAGGCCAAGAUCCAGGACAAAGAGGGCAUCCCUCCAGAUCAACAAAGGUUGAUCUUUGCUGGUAAGCAACUUGAAGAUGGAAGAACCCUUUCUGACUACAACAUUCAGAAGGAAUCUACCCUCCACUUGGUGCUGAGACUCAGAGGUGGAAUGCAGAUCUUUGUGAAGACCUUAACUGGCAAGACCAUCACCCUUGAAGUAGAGCCAUCUGACACCAUCGAGAAUGUCAAGGCUAAGAUCCAGGACAAAGAAGGCAUCCCCCCAGAUCAGCAGAGGCUUAUCUUUGCUGGCAAGCAGCUAGAAGAUGGAAGAACUCUUUCUGACUACAACAUCCAGAAAGAAUCUACCCUCCACUUGGUGCUGAGACUCAGAGGUGGAAUGCAGAUCUUUGUGAAGACCUUAACUGGCAAGACCAUCACCCUUGAAGUAGAGCCAUCCGACACCAUCGAGAAUGUCAAAGCUAAGAUUCAGGACAAAGAAGGCAUUCCUCCAGAUCAGCAGAGGUUGAUCUUUGCUGGCAAGCAACUGGAAGAUGGAAGAACACUCUCAGACUACAAUAUCCAGAAAGAAUCCACCCUCCACUUGGUGUUGAGACUCAGGGGUGGAAUGCAAAUCUUCGUAAAAACCUUGACUGGCAAGACUAUUACCCUGGAAGUUGAACCGUCUGACACCAUUGAGAAUGUCAAGGCUAAGAUCCAGGACAAAGAAGGCAUCCCCCCAGAUCAGCAGAGGCUUAUCUUUGCUGGCAAGCAGCUAGAAGAUGGAAGAACUCUUUCUGACUACAACAUCCAGAAAGAAUCUACCCUCCACUUGGUGCUGAGACUCAGAGGUGGUAUGCAGAUCUUCGUCAAGACACUUACUGGUAAAACAAUCACCUUGGAAGUUGAACCUUCUGAUACAAUUGAGAAUGUUAAAGCUAAGAUCCAGGAUAAAGAAGGCAUACCUCCAGACCAGCAGAGGUUGAUCUUUGCUGGUAAGCAAUUAGAAGAUGGCAGAACACUUUCUGACUACAAUAUUCAGAAAGAAUCCACCCUGCACUUGGUACUUAGGUUGCGAGGAGGUAUGCAGAUUUUUGUGAAGACAUUGACUGGUAAAACUAUCACCCUUGAAGUAGAACCUUCAGACACCAUAGAAAAUGUGAAGGCCAAAAUCCAAGAUAAGGAAGGUAUCCCACCAGAUCAACAAAGGUUGAUCUUUGCUGGUAAGCAACUAGAAGAUGGUAGAACUCUCUCAGACUACAAUAUCCAAAAAGAAUCAACUCUUCACCUGGUACUUCGUCUUCGAGGAGGAAUGCAAAUUUUUGUGAAGACGCUCACUGGAAAAACCAUUACCUUAGAAGUUGAACCAUCCGACACAAUUGAGAAUGUAAAGGCCAAAAUUCAGGAUAAAGAAGGAAUUCCUCCAGAUCAGCAGAGAUUAAUCUUUGCUGGUAAACAGCUGGAAGAUGGUAGGACUCUAUCUGAUUACAAUAUUCAGAAAGAAUCCACACUGCAUUUAGUAUUACGACUUAGAGGAGGCAUGCAAAUAUUCGUGAAAACUUUAACAGGAAAAACCAUCACCUUAGAAGUUGAACCUUCAGAUACAAUCGAAAAUGUGAAAGCUAAAAUCCAAGACAAAGAAGGUAUUCCUCCAGACCAGCAACGUCUGAUCUUCGCUGGCAAACAACUGGAAGAUGGUAGAACCCUAUCUGACUACAAUAUCCAAAAAGAAUCUACACUCCAUUUGGUAUUGAGACUUAGAGGAGGUAUGCAGAUUUUUGUUAAAACUUUGACAGGAAAAACCAUCACAUUGGAAGUUGAACCUUCAGAUACUAUUGAAAAUGUAAAAGCAAAAAUUCAAGAUAAAGAAGGUAUCCCUCCAGACCAACAAAGGUUAAUUUUUGCUGGUAAACAACUGGAAGAUGGCAGAACUCUGUCAGAUUACAACAUCCAGAAAGAGUCAACUUUGCACUUGGUACUUCGUCUUAGAGGUGGUAUGCAAAUUUUUGAUACCUUGACAGGGAAAACCAUCACUUUGGAAGUAGAACCCUCAGACACAAUAGAAACUGUAAAUGCAAAAAUUCAAGACAAAGAAGGUAUUCCUCCAGAUCAACAGAGAUUGAUCUUUGCUGGUAAGCAGUUGGAAGAUGGAAGAACUCUGUCAGACUACAACAUCCAGAAGGUGUCCACACUUCACUUGGUGCUGCGACUUAGAGGAGGAUUUUAGGAAGUUUCAAUUUCUAUGACUGCAAUUUUUUUUUAAUUUUGUUACUCUUAUGCUUUAAUGAUACUAAACAGAAAUUGAAGUAAAGAAAAUGUCUUUCCGCA